AAUCACUAACUUCAAACAGUCACCGCCAAUUGCAAAAAUCACAUAAAUUUACCACCAAUCUCAUUUAUUCCACUUUCUUCUUUUUGCUGCAACACCAAAUACUGAUUAAUGGAAUCAAAAUUAAUCCUCAUUCUUUUUCUGCUCAAUAUUUUUACUGUCACUGCUGAUUAUAUCAGACCCCCUCCUCGUAAAACCUUGCGUCUUCCAUGGAGUUUCAAGCACCCCUCUCAUCCCCAACAGGUGCAUAUUUCUUUAGCUGGGGAUAAGCAUAUGCGAAUCUCAUGGGUGACUGAUGAUAAAUCUGCACAAUCAACUGUUCAAUAUGGAACUUUACCUGGAAGAUACAGUGCUGUAUCUCAAGGAGAGAGCACUUCUUAUACUUAUUUGUUUUAUAGUUCAGGGAAGAUUCAUCACACUGUCAUCGGGCCGUUGGAACCCGACACGGUUUAUUUUUAUAAAUGUGGAGGACAGGGCUCUGAAUUCCAGCUGAAGACUCCUCCAGCUGAACUACCUAUAACUUUUGCUGUGGCUGGUGAUUUAGGCCAAACGGGAUGGACUAAAUCGACUUUAGAUCAUAUCGAUAAAUGUAAAUAUGAUGUGCAUUUGCUUCCUGGAGAUCUUUCCUAUGCUGAUUAUAUGCAACGGAAAUGGGAUACGUUCAGUCAAUUGGUUGAGCCGCUUGCUAGUGCGAGGCCGUGGAUGGUGACUGAAGGGAACCAUGAGAAGGAAAUCAUACCGUUCUUUAUGGACGGGUUUCAGUCUUAUAAUUCUAGGUGGAAGAUGCCCUUUAAGGAGAGUGGUUCGAGUUCAAAUCUUUAUUAUUCUUUUGAAGUUGCAGGGGCCCAUGUGAUUAUGCUUGGUUCGUAUACGGAUUAUGAUGAGUAUUCAGAUCAAUAUAACUGGCUCAAGGCGGAUCUUGCUACGGUGGACCGGAAAAGAACUCCUUGGCUGCUUGUAUUAUUCCAUGUGCCAUGGUACAAUAGUAACAAGGCGCAUCGAGGUGAAGGCGAUGACAUGAUGGCAGCAAUGGAGCCAUUGCUUUAUGCUGCUAGUGUGGAUAUAGUGCUAACUGGGCAUGUGCAUGCUUAUGAACGCACAAAACGUGUAAACGGUGGAAGGUCGGAUCCAUGUGGUGCUGUUCAUAUAACAAUUGGGGAUGGAGGAAACCGAGAAGGUUUAGCACAAAAAUACGUGAGUCCACAGCCAGAGUGGUCAGUCUUCCGCGAGGCAAGUUUCGGCCAUGGUGAGCUCAAAUUAGCCAACUCAACUCAUGCCUUCUGGACUUGGCACAGAAAUGAUGAUGACGAACCUGUUAGGUCUGAUCAGGUCUGGAUAACAUCUUUGGUCAGUUCAGGAUGCAUUGCUGAAAAGAGACAUGAACUAAGAAAGAUUCUUAUGGGACCUUAGAGUGGCCAUGCACGGUUUUCGCUUUACUAGAUGCGGAUCAAACAACACUCUAGGAUGCAGAUCAGCUGGUGUAAAUAUUUUCAUUGCUAUAUCAGUCAUGAUAGUUACUCAUAGAUAUAGUGGACUGCUAGAAGUCCCUACUUUUCUGUAAACCUUAGUAGCAAAUACAUGCUGUCUGACUUACGGUCUGUUACAGGCCCGUCUGUUGUCACCCUUUUGUUUUGCUCUGAAGAUACGAAAGCUUGCUGUAUUUGUAUGUGUACUUGUAUUUUAUUGUAAGAGAACUCUUAUAAAAAUGAGAUUUUCAGUUUGGUCCA